GACGUGACCACUACGCCAGUUCAUCGAUGCUCCGUUUGCGGUUUUAGGCCGUGCUCUCUGAGGGGAGAACACUCGAGACAGAGGCAGUCUCAGACUUUUCUCUCCUCACUGCUCUAUGAGCCCUGUACCAGGCUAUGGUCAGUUUCAUUGCUGUCUUGAAAUCUCCCACUAAGGCACCUCCGUGUCCCCAAUGGGGUGGCUUUGUAUCAAAUUCCUGUCCUCUGUGAGCUGUCUGGUUUUGCUGUGGGUGGCUGGCUGCGGGAGCAUCAAGGUCCUGGGCGAGCCUACCUGCUUCUCCAACUACAUCAACUCUUCCACUUGUGAAUGGCAGCUGGACAGCGCUGUUGACUGCAGUUCUCAGCUCCGCCUGUCCUACUGGCUGAACUACGAGUUCUUCGAGUUCUUCGAGAAUCGGACAUGCAUCCCUGAGAGCCUCGGCAGCACGGCGUGUGCGUGUCACAUGGUCACAGCUGACCUGGUCAAGGCGGAUACAUACGAGCUGCAGCUGUGGGCUGAGCAGCGACUGCUGUGGUACGGCUCCUUCAGGCCCAGUGAUAGGGUGAAGCCCCCGGCUCCAAGCAACCUCACGCUCCACACCAACAUCUCCAAUGCAUGGCUGCUGACGUGGAGCAACCCAUACCCUCCGAGCAACUUCCUGCACAGCGAGCUCAUCUACAUGGUUAACAUCUCCAGAGAAGACAACCCUUCAGAAUUCAUAGUCUAUAACGUGACCUACGUGGAACCCAGGCUGAACUUCCCAACCAACUCCCUGAAGCUGGGGGUGUACUAUCAGGCACGUGUGAGGGUCUUGGCGCACAGCUUCGAUAAUGGCCUCUGGAGUGAAUGGAGUCCCAGCACCACUUGGCUCAACACCUUCCAGCCGCCCCUGGCUCAGCGCCUCCCGCUUGGGGUGGGCAUCUCCUGCCUCUGCAUCCUGGUUUUCUGCCUGUCGUGCUACUUCAGCAUCACCAAGAUUAAGAAAAUGUGGUGGGACCAAAUUCCCACCCCAGCACGCAGUCCCCUGGUGGCCAUCAUCAUUCAGGAUGCACAGGUGUCCCUCUGGGAAAAGCAGACCCGAAGCCGGGAGUCAACCAAGUGCCCGCGCUGGAAGACUUGUCUGACCAAGCUGCUGCCCUGCUUGCUGGAGCACGUUGUGAAGAAGGAGGCAGAACCCCUGAAGGCUGCAAAAAUGGGGCCUCCCCAGAGUCCUGGAAAGGCAGCCUGGUGUCCUGUGGAGGUCAGCAGGACCAUCCUCUGGCCAGAGAAUGUCACUGUCAGUGUGGUGCGCUGUAUGGAGCUGUUUGAGGCCCCCGUAGAGAUUGAGGAGGAGGAGGAGGAGGAGGAGGAGGAGGAGAAGGUCAAGGCGGACUUGAGCACAGUACCUGAAAACAGUGCUGGUGGCUUCCAGGAGAGUCAGGCAGACAUCAUGGCCCGGCUCACUGAGAACCUGUUUUCAGACUUGUUGGAGGCUGAGGAUGGGGGCGUUGGCCAGUCGAGCUUGGGGAAGUCGUGCUCUCCUCUGCAUUCAGAAAUCAGGCAAGCCUCUCUGCCCUCUGCCUGCUUCCCCAUGGGGCCCAAGGAGGCCUCGUGCCAGGCCCCAGGGCAGCCUUCACACCCAGGCCCUCCUUCAGGAAGCUCAGCCCACAGUGCAAGCGACCUGGCCUGCACACAGACGCCACCUGUCAUCACAGACAAUCCUGCCUACCGUAGUUUUAGCGACUUCUGCAGCCCGGCGGCCCCUCAGCCCGGAGAGCUGGCUUCAGAACAGCUGCAGGCUGAACACCUGGAAGAAGGGGACCCUCCAAGCCCCACUGACCCCCAUUCCUCAGGGCCACCUGUGCAGCAAGUGGAAAGCUGGGAGCAGAUCCUGCACCUGAGUAUCCUGCAGCAUGGGGCAGCUGGCCCCGUCCCAGCCCCUACCAGUGGCUACCGGGAGUUCGCCCAGGCAGUGAAGCAGAAUGCCACCCAGGACCCCGGGGAGCCCUGCUUCAGGCCUUCUGGAGACACUGGUUACAAGGCUUUCUCAAGCCUGCUCAGCAACGGUGGCGCCUGCACGCACACAGCAGAACCAGGGACUGACGGAGGGCAUGGAGGCUACAAGCCUUUCCAGAACCCUGGCCCUAACCAGUCUCCUAGCUCCGUGCCCUUAUUCACCUUCGGACUGGACAUGAAGUUGCCACCCAGUCCUCUGAACUCGGCCCCACCCAGCAGCACCCCAGAGUGCUUUGAUCUGAAGCUGGGGCUGAAAGGAGGUGACAGGCCAAAGGCCCCUCCUUCUACAGAUCAGGUGACCAAGCCCCUUGGGGAUGACCUGGGGCUUGGCAUUGUCUACUCUUCUGUUACCUGCCACCUGUGUGGCCACCUGAAGCAGCACCACAGCCAGGAGGAAGGCGGCCAGAUCAAUGUUGUUGCUAGCCCCUGCUGUGGCUGCUGCUACGAUGAGAGCUCACAAUCCCUGGGGAGCCUCUUGGGGCCCUUGAAAAGCUGUCCUGGGGAGAUGCCACCAGAAGCCAGCCUCCCCUCAGCAACUAGGACACCCUCAAACUUGUCAGGGGAGGGCAAGACCCCUGGCCGUUCUCUUUCCAGCCAGACCACUGAGGUGCCUGCGGGCACCCCGUGCACAGCAGUUUCUUAGGUAAUGGAGUGUGCUGUUGUGGCCGAGGUCUGUGCUGAGGCCAGGGUUCAUCCAAGACAGGGAAGUACCUCCUGGGAGGCGGCCCAGCUGGCAGCUUUCCCAGAAAUCCAGAGACUGGUGAAUAGGAGAUGUGAACUUGGCCUGACCCCAGGGGCUUGGAGCCUGGCUGCCUGCCCCACCUCUGCCCAGGCUCACCUCUCUCACAAGGGAUUCAGGGGCUCAGUAUGUUUUGUCCCACAGCAAUGCUGAUGCUCCUAAGCCCUGUGCUCUCCUACCUGUUGCUGCUGUACCUACUCAGGCCCAUCUUGCUCACCAAAUAUACCUGUUACCCAAGGUUCUUAGAAGCUCCUUGACUCUCCUUGAGCUGGAAGCUAGGCCUAGAAACUCAGAGCUGGCCUGGAAGUGGCUUGGGAGGCCCUAAAAACUGGUGCAAAUUUGAAGGGGAGGGAGGACAGGUAUUGUCCCAAGGGGGGCAUUCAUUGGCCAGCUACUGUGGGCUCAGGCUGGAGGCAGAGUCUGCUGUCCCAGCUUGGCUCAGCUGUGGAGAGCAACAAGGACCCAAGAAACUCGAUUGCCCAAAGGAGCCACAGUCACGGCCGGUUGCCCACAUGUGAUCUGAAGCCAGGGCUCCCAGGAUGUGGAAGUGGGGAUCCCGAUAAACAAACACAGCUGCCCAGUGGCAGGUCCUGGUGGACAUCACUGCUAACAGCGCCAAGUCGAGAGCAAGGGAACGGGAUGGAGCUGGUUCUGGUUGGUGGCUGGGUGGUAGGGGUGGCAGAUGGCAGACUGCAAUCUGAUUGUGUUCUGGGACCAGGCUUAGCAAUGUUUGCAUGUCUCACCUUUGCGACACCUAGUAUGUUUGCAAGGAGGGCAGGGCUGACCAUGUGGAUCUUCAUGUCAAUAAAGACUCUUUAUAUUGUCA